AUGGCGAAAGCUUCCCAUACGCUGCAAAAAGGUGCUGCCGUCCAGCACACCGCCAAAGUCCAUAACCUGAAAGGUCAACUGCCUGAAGGGAGCAUGGAAUCUUUGGCAACAACCAUUCGUUUCGUCACGCUGAACUGCCGAACACUAUCGAGUGAACUCCAACAAGCCGCUCAAUCCAAACUUCUGCGAUAUCUCUGUGUGCCUUUUGCUGCACUGCAGGAAAUACGCAUGAGAGAUCGGCCCGUCAUCAGCAUCGAAAAUAACACCAUAUACUGUGGCGAUGCUGAUGAGAACAAAAUAGGUGGCUGCGCGAUAGCUGUGAGGAACGAUUACAAGAACCUGAUGGAGGAAUUUGGCUCAACGUCGUCCAGAUGCGCCUUUUUACGACUGCGGGAUCGCGGAGGACGUAAACUCUGGAUCGUAAGUGCUCACGCAUCUACCGAAACCGCUGAGGACAACAGUAAGGACGCUUUCUAUGAUGAACUCAAUGCGUUGAUGUCUAAAAUACCAAGCCAGCAGGUGGUCAGUGUCGGAAUCGACGCAAAUGCGAAGAUGGGACUCGAACAGCAAUCCGAUGUGCUAGGAAAAUGGUACUAUGCAGCGGAGCGCACGUCGGACAACGGUGACCGUCUGAUCGACUUGUGCGAACAGACGGGCCUCAUCAUCGCUUCCACGUUUAAGAGAAAUCAUCGACGCCAUCAGCUCACGUAUCAGGGGUCAACCCUUUUAACGCCUGAAGAGCAGCGCAAGCGGAAGAUGAGGACCCUUAAACUUCAGCUCGACUACGUUCUGGCGAGGAACAUUUCUCAGUCAGAUAUCCGAAAAUCUAGAGCUGUUUGGGAUGUCGCGUUUGACUCUGACCACCGUCCAGUUCUUCUCAGCCUCAAGAUACGGUCCCACAAGAGAAACCGAGGAGUUCCUCUUAAACCAAAAAUCGACAUGGCAGGUCUCAAAGACGAUCAAUGCAGAGGAAAGUUCCGCCAACGUGUGUCUAUUCAUGUUGAAGUACGGACCAGGAAGAAGCUUAGCGAUGCGGAUUCCUUCACAAAGUGCAUCCAGGACGCUGCAAGGGAAACACUCCCGGUUCUGUUGCCGCGGAAGAAGUUUGACUUUGCAUCUGCGGAAACAAAAUCCACAUACAAUUCUGUAUGUGUUGCGCGCAGCGCUGGUGACUUCAACCAGUCACCAGCGCCGCCUGCGUCGUCAACUGCAACAAGACCGCGAUAA